AUGCACCAAAAAAACCAAUCAUCAAUGAAAGUCUUACCAGAUAUACAAACAAUUGAGGCUUAUCCUAUGACAGUAGCUGGAAAACAAAACAGAUCUUUUAGUGCAAAAUAUUUAAAAGAAUACUCUUGGCUCGAGUACAGCUUAGAAAAAAAUGCUGCAUUUUGUUUUUGCUGCGAAAUUUUGGUUGCGAUGGGAGGUGCAAAUUCAAACAUUUCAAAACUAAAAGCACAUGCUGCUACUAAAGAGCAUAUGCUAAAUAUUUCUAGAAUGUCAGGUUACAAGAAUAGUGUGGUUGCUGGAUGUGUUAGUUCUCAAAUAUCAAUUGCUCAUCAACAAUUUGUUGAAAAUAAUAGGAAUUAUUUAAAAAAACUUAUUAACAUUGCACUGUUUUUGGCUCGCCAAGGGAUUGCGUUUCGCGUAAAAACAAUUUGGUCAACUUCUAAAAGUUUCAUCGACAAAUAUUGUAUUGAUUCCGCACAACACUUCUAG